AUCAUUGACUACAACGUCAACAGAGGAGCAUCUGAACCUCUAUCCAAGGUGAUCUCGACUUGUAUAAAUACUCAUCAGUGCAGCAUACGCCGUAGUAUCUCAGACACAAAACUUACAAACACACGAAACAUGGCCAAUCCAACCCCCCGGCAACCGCCUCCCAUCAAUAUUCCGCCUGGCUCACGCCUGGACUUAACUUCCUCAACCUUCUUCCAACCGACCUACAAAGGCUGCCACCGCUACCGCGUGCCCAGCUUCUGUUUCCUCCUUGAACACGCGCCCACCAACCAAAAGCUUCUCUUCGACCUCGGCAUCCGUCCCGACUGGAGCAACCUGCCCCCAGCGACCGUCCAGCUCCUUGAAAGCCACGCCGACUGGAGAUUCCCCACCGUCCACAACACAGCAAUCGUCCUACAGACUCACGGCCUGGACGCCCCCAACGGCGCCAUCGACGCCGCCAUCUGGAGCCACCCGCACUUCGACCACAUCGGCGACCUGACCACCUUCCCGCCCACCACCGCACUCAUCGUCGGCCCAUCCUUCCAACAGACCUUCUUACCAGGCUACCCCCUCAACGAAUCCUCGUCGCUCCACCACCACGAUUUUGAAAAUGGCCACACCAUCUACGAAAUCAACUUCGAUGACACCCUCAAAAUCGGCCGCUUCCAAGCCCAUGACUACUUCGGCGACGGGAGCCUGUACCUGCUGAACACCCCGGGCCACACAGUGGCGCACAUCUGCGCCCUCGUUCGUACCACCCCUUCCACGUUUGUGCUCCUCGGCGGCGACGCCUCGCAUCACCCUGGGGAGUUCCGGCCCUCGGAGUAUGUGGUCCUGCCGGAGGAGAUCGAGCCCUCGCCGGUGCCGGACCUGGCGUCCCCGGGGUGUCCGGGCCAUUGGUUUGAGGCGGUCCAUUGCGGGAAGACCCGCACGAGCCCUUUUUAUCGGCUGGCGCCGGAGUUGAAUCAUGAUUUGGCGGUGGCGAAUUGGACGAUUGAUGGGCUAGAGUUGGAUGGGCUGGAGGGGGUCUGGAUUGUUAUUGCACAUGAUACGUCGAUGGUGGGUGAUGACGAGGGGGAGGUAGAUGGGGUGGGAUUCUUUCCGGAGAAGACGAUCAACAGCUGGCAGGAGGAGGGGUUGAAGGAGAGGUAUCGGUGGAGGUUUCAUGGGGAGUUUAGGGAGGAACUCACUGUGAGGGCUUUUAGGUAG